GGACGACGCUCUUCAAGAUCCCGGAGAAGAAUAUUGAUUUGGUUUUGAAGCAGUAUGAGGUGCUGAGGAAGACGGCGGUGAAAGGUGACCGGGAGCGUGAGGACGGGCAUCAUGACUGUUGUGACGGAGGGCGAAUGGCCGGAGCCGAAGCUUUAGAUGAUCAUGGAUGGUAUUUCUGGCUACCAUCUUGACGAUAGAGGCAGCUGUACUAAUGCCACAACCUGUAUAUGGCGUGGACCCGGCAGCUACGGAUGCGGUGGCGACACACCCGAAAUUCCGAUGUGUCUGUGUUGUAGAGUUUGGAAGUGAGACGGCGCACUCUCCGAACCGAUCCGAUUGCUCGCCGAGUGCAAGACUCCGGUGGCCCAUAUCCGCUUUGAGCAGGCGGCCGCAAGACUGCAUAGAUACCUCGGUCCCCGCUGCCCGCUGCCCGCUGUACAUGCUCUCGUCAGCGAAGAGCACCGCGCCCCGGCACAAGCAGUCCGCAAGCAUGCUGAUGGGGUGGUGUGCUGGACUGGCGAAUGACAAGCUCCACGGGGAGGAGGGGCAAUGCACCUCUCUCAAAGUCUGCUGUCGUCGCCGAGAGCGAGGAGCGAGGGUGGGGUCGGUCAGCGAGAGCAGCCACUCGCAGCGCGGCAAAGCCCUCCUUCAGGCGCGGUGAGCUCGGGGUUGGGGUCAGGGUGCUGCCGAAAAAAGAUAUGUCGCCUCCCUGGGGUACGCCGUCGUCGCCGAAAAAGGGAAGGAGUGGACGGUGGAUGGCGUGGCCUGCUCACUCAAUCCUCUCCGACGACUCGAGUU